AUGGAAGAAGAAUAUGUAUCAUAUAUUGUACUUGAAUUACAAUCAAGAUCUCGUCGAGGUUAUCGUCGUUUAUUUGGAAUUCGUGAAAAUAAAUAUUUAAAUAAAGAAUCAUUUGAUAUAAAUUAUUUUCAAAAAAAAUUUCUUAAUCAAUUUAAUAAAAAAGUUCUUCAACGAGGAGAACAUAUCAAAUGUGAAAAUCUAACUAUUGCAGUUAAACAAAUAAAACGUGCUUCAUCAACAUUUUCAGGAAACACAAAAGUCGAAUUUCUAUUGCAAGGUAUUCCAUUUGGAAAUCAAGAAAAAAGUGAACUGAAAGAUAAUAAAAUAAUGGAAAAUAAAGGAAGAUUAAAUGAUUCUUUUGUCGGUGAUGUUCUUAUUAAAACCGAUCAACAUAAUAUUACUGCUCAAGUUGAACAAAUUGAUUCAUGUUACUGUUGUGAAUGUAAAAAAAAAUUAAUUCAAGGAGAUUUUUAUGUUAAAAGUGAAAAUUGGAGUCGAUCUAUUCUUUGUUUAUCAUGUUAUAAUUUAUUAUUUAAUCAUAUAUGUGUUCGUUGUAGAAAAUCAAUAACAUUUGAUCAUAAAUCAUUAACAUCUGAUUGUUUAACUUCUAUUCGUUUUGUUCAAUAUAAUGAUUUUUAUUGGCAUUCGGAUUGUUGUGUUUGUAUUACAUGUUUAAAAUCAUUAAUUGGACAAAAAUUUUAUCAAGAUCAAAUUUAUAAUCAAUUAUUUUGUCUUGAUCAUAUUCCUUGUCAAUUAGAAUAA